AUGAGUACGAGUCGGCAAGGAAAUCGAAAUCCAAGAGGGUUACUAUGCCUAGUUCUUCUAAAAAAGGAAAGAGACCGCCUCCAAAAACGCCGAAGGGAAAGAAUGAGAAAUCCACAGAAGAAAGGGUCGUCUGUAAAGUCAACUUCGUCUUCUAGCAGGAAGCGGACUCGCCAAAAGGCGUCAGCUGAGAAAUCGGACUCGGAGCCAGAACCAGAAAUACCAUCGGAUGACAUCGACGAUGAAGAUUACAGUGAAAAACCGAAAACUUCGAAGAAGGGUUCGGCGCCGCCACCAAAAGGUUCUGGCACAGUUACUAAGGCGGCAUUGAAAUCGUACUCACCAACCACACCCAAAAAUCGCAGAGGCUCCGGAUCCACUUCCACAUACAUAUCGCCUUCAGAAACACUGUCAGCUGCAAAAAAGGAUUUUGAGGUGAAACCUGAUCAAAUGCAGGCCUUGCUCAUGCGCCAGUCUUGGUUGUAUGAUAGUGAUUCGGACGACGAUUCUGGUACUGAGAAGGAAAAUGAGAAACGAAUGGAGCAGCGUAAGCAGAUAGAAGAGGAGCAAUUGAGAAUCAGGGAGCGAGACGAGGAACAACAAAAGCAAAUGGAAGAAGCUAGCAAAGCUACAGGAAGAGCCUCCACGAAGCGCUGA